AUGGUGAUGAAGGUGUCUCAGGUUCUUCCCCACGUGUGGGUGAUGGAUGAGGCUGUUCCGCAGUCGUUGCUAGAUCGUGUGGACCAGGCUUUUGCCACAGAUAGCCGGAGCACUACCACGAAGGAGGAGUAUCAUGGUAGGCCCCUCACAUCACGCAGUAUCGAGUUCGACAUGGAUGAAACUGCAAGGCCUUUCUUCGAGAUGAUCGCACACGGCUGGGGUUUAAGCUUAGCGGAGCCCUUCGACAAGUUCAUGGUCUCAGACAUUUGUGGUGCUGAGCAGUCUCCUCAUGUGGACCACAUAAACCUUGAUGACCUGGAUGGCCGAAACUGGAGUUUCCUGGAUUUGGGCCUCCAAAGCUCAGAGCUCCGGAACCCCCGGAAGGUGGUGCCUACCGUGACAGUCGUGGUCUACUUCAACUCUGUGGGAGGAAUCUGCUUUCCUAAUGCCCCAGAGGAGGUGAGUACCAUUGCGGCCCAGCGCGGUCGGGUGGUGAUGUUCGAGAACUACCUGGAGGACUACCAGAGACCGUCUCACAAUCCCGCGGCCUCGCACUACGGCCUCUACUUUCAGGACAAGCCGAAGCGGAUUCUUGUCAUGGGCAUCCUCGCGAAUCAGACGCCUCAGUUCUCUCUUGAGCCAGAGCCCAGGGCCCUGACGAGGAGCUUGGUCUACUGUGCUGGCACGGAAGCUGACCCUCUCCGCCACGAGAAUCCUUCCUACGAUGGCUACUACACCCCGCAGGAGCUCAGGGAGAGGGCCCCUGACCGAAACGCAGAGAUCGCCCGCGGCUGGGCGGCCGCCAAGCCAGUGGAGAAACAGCCAACUGGGCAGGGAAAGCCCGACGCGGUGGUGGAGGAAACGGUAGCCCCGAAAAGCAGCUCCUGCUGGCUCUGUGGAAGAUGA